AUGGAUCUAGUACCCUUCAUGUACUUUGAAAAGCAGGAGGAAGGGUCUUUACUAUGCGCUCAGCAUUGCUUGAAUAAUGUCCUUCAACAAUUCACAUAUACAGAAUGGGAUCUUGCAGAUAUAGCCAAAAAAUUGGACCAAGCUGAAAAUGCUACUCUGGACGUAUCUCAUCAGCUCAAGAAAUCAUACAAUUUCGAUGAUACUGGUUAUUUUUCUAUAUCAGUUUUGGAGAGGGCACUGGAAGUUUGGGAUUUAAGUUUGGUUAGAUGGAGAGGUGAAGCUAUGAGGGAAUAUCAAGAACAUCCAGAAGAGCAAGUCGCAUUCAUCCUCAAUUUAUCAUCUCACUGGUUUCCCCUUCGAAGAUUUUCGACAUACCCUCCCCACUCAUCUGCUACUAAGAGAUGGUACAACCUCAAUUCCUUCUUACCCCAACCGGAGUGGAUCUCGCCUACCUAUCUGAGAAUGGUCCUCACCCAAGCUGAACAAGAGGGAUACUCGGUUUUCGUAGUGCGCAAGACCGUCGUGGGAACAAGGGAAGGCGAAGAUGCAGGUGAAGGUCAAGGAUGGCAGGAUGGUGGGAUAGGUGUCUUACCUGAAUGCAUGGCAGAUACGAUGGCUGUAGAAUUGGGUGAACCGGUUGGUAGAUCCGGUGCCAGUGGGAGCAUGUUCUCUCAACCUCCUUCUAGCGCUACAGGAGGAAUUGCUGGACCUUCUCAUGUUGGGACAUCCAUCAACCCCGACACUCCCUCGGUCGAUUUCCCUUCUUCUUCCGGUGCGGGCCCAUCCUCACCACCUGUCCCGCGAAGAAGAAGGAGGCAAGAAGAUUUAGUUCCUGAAGAUCCUAUUGCUAUCGAUUCAGACGAAUAUAGUAGACCAGCAGUGACACGUACGAGACAAUCAUCUAAUCGAUCUACCCCCGGUCCAACACCCGCAGUGGAUAUAUUCGAUAAUCAGACUUUCCCCUUGGGCCACGGUGAUGGAGAUGGAGAUGAAGAUGAAGAGAUACAUUCUGAGGAAGCUGAGGGCGAAGGAAGAGUUGGGACAGCCAGAGAUGAUAUAUUCGGAUAUACAGGACCGUCAGAUUUCCAAUUCCAUUCAAGAAGUUACGACGAUGAAGAUGAAGCUUUACAAGCUGCGUUAAAAGCUUCAAUGAAUGAUUUACCACCUGGUUGGAAACCUCCUCCGGAAUUACCACCGAAAAUCGAUUCUCCCAUUCUCAAAUCACCUGAUCCUACCACUUCUACUUCGGUGGUACCCCCUGCGCAACCGUCGGAAUUUAAAUCUACUAAGAAGGAAGAACAGAAAGAUGUCGAGGAUGAGGAAGAGGAUGCGGAUGAUGGACCGGCACAUGAACCGUCUCCAGAGGAAAUUCGUAGACGAAGAUUAGCCAAGUUCGGUGGACAGUGA